AUGAUAUCAGGCCUUCACAAAUUAUUACUUUUGGAAACACUAGACGUGGAGAACAUUAAUUUCCAUCAAACCAAAGUUCAGUAUCCUACCUAUCUUAUAUGGAUUAUAUAGAUCACUUAAUCGUUGUUAUGGUAUUACGGUCAGAAUAAGAUGACACUAAAUUUGAUUGGAUUAUUGCAAUCCUUAUUAUAAUUAGCCUUUACGAGUAACUUCAUUAUUGCCGCUGUUCAAUUAUACACAAUAGUUUACACCUUUGCGAUAAUCUUGGGAUUUGCUAAUGACUUAUCUUCGCUUUUAGUGAUAUUUCCUGUUUUAUUACGCAUUACACAAUAUAGAGAAUUAAGAAAUAAACAAAAGGAAGGUUAAAACCCUCAAAACUCCAAAAGGAUCGACAAUGUUCUUAUUUCAAUAUCAGUGCUGAUUCAACAAAAGCAAUAUCAAAAGGCUUUAUACUAACUUUAGGAGAUGAAGGAAUUGAACAUCUACUAUGAAGUAAAAAAAGAUAGGAUGAAAUUAAAAUGUUUGAAUUUGAUAAAAACCAUGAUCUUUGCCAAUCAAUCAACCCAAAACACUUUUGUAGACUCAAUUAACAAAGUCAUAUAAAUUGAGGAGAUGUCAUAUUUUUAUAUCAAAGAAUUAAAAAACAUAAUUGUAUAAAAAUUGCAACUAUUAUAAAAUGCAAAAGAAGAGAACUUUGAUGCUUAUUAUGACUAUUUAGAUAAACUAUCGAGCAUUGAGAAAAUUCUCAAUUCACUAUAUGAAAACCAUCCAACACCAAAAAACAAGGCUAUUUUGUUGUUCUUUAAUGCAGAGAUCAUGAAUAACUUCCAUAAAGCAAGAUUACUUUCUCAUUAAACUAAUCCUAUCCAGUAUGAUAGUUAUGAUCUUAAUAAAUUAGCUUAUCUAAUCGCCAAAUAUGAUUAAGGAAUUAAAAUAUCAGGCAUUUCCAACAAUAAUAUUUUCUCUAAGGAUUCCUCGCUAGGAAUUGAAGGUUACAUUCCUCCUGGAAUUCGAGAGCAUCACAAUUCAAUUAUUGAAAAGUUUAUAGAGACAGGAACCUCUAAAUAUGUGAAACGAUUUGAUGCAAGUUUCAUAGCCAAAGACAAUGAUCUUUAUAUGUCAUCUAUAGAUUUUGGAUUUAAUGCUAUAAUAACAGACGAAUUAAAAUUUAUAACUUUUAUAUAGGUCUCAAUAGAAUAACCAAUGGCAAUGAUCUUGAAUUCCUAAUUGCAGAUAACUUGUUUGAGUGAGUCCUUGUCUAAUACUCUAAACAUCUCACAAUUUGAUUUUAAACAUAUUGGAUACAGUAUCAAGAAGUUUUUACCCUAAUAUUCAGAAGCCGAAAGCUAUCAAGAGAACUUAGAAUUGAUCUUAUCUGACUUAGAAUAGGAGUAUCCCUACGUAACCACUAUCAAUCAGGAGAGAAAGAUCAUUAACAAUCAACCCGCCUAUUAUAUUCUAACCUUUUAAUAUAUUCGAAAAUCUAAUUACAAAUAGAAAAGCUUUACCUAACUGACAUAUUAAUAAAGUAUUCUUGAGCCCCUUUCGUAAUAGCAAGAGUAUAAAACUAGAUCAGACUUUGACUUUCUAUUAUAUGGCAACGUCGCAUAAGAGGAACAAAUUGAUGUCCCUUAUGAGGAAAAUGAUUUCAAUUAACAGUACUUGAAUGAUUUGAAGGAGUUUCAACAGAUGGAUGACAAUACAAACAUCUAUAGUCCUGAUAACAAAUAAUAAUAGAAGUGCAAACUUAUAAGGAAGCAAACAAUGGCUUCAAGAUUGCGGAAACAACAAUCCUUAAAUAUUAAUUAAGAUGAAUAUUUUUUCAUGAAAAUGGCAGAGAACUCCUAUAACUAAAGAUCCAAAGACUUCCUUUCAGAUUAUUAUGAUUAACAACUCUCUAUUUUAAAUAAAUUUAUAUUAGCUUUUUUAUUGAGCUUGUUUGUGACAUUUGCAUUCUUUCUAUUAUAAACUGUUAAAGUCAACUCAGAUAUCAAUAGCCUUAUGGAUGAUUUGGAAGUUUUAGAUUUUUCUUAACUUUGUUUUUAACCAAUCGAAAACACUUUGUUGGUGAUAUUUUCAUUAAGUGAAUACAACCUAUAUUUUCUUAUGAAAAUAAUCUCAUAUUAGCAAUUAAGGUAGCUCACUCAAUUCCCUUCCACUUAAAUUGUGAUCGGUUACAAUCAGAUAUAUACAAAUUUCAAUUAAUUGGUUCAAUAACCACUGCUACAACAGAUAUUGGAUGACAAUCAACUUGAAAUCUAUCAAUACACCAAUAGUUCAAAGGAAGAAAGCUAUAUUAUGACUUUGAGAAAUGCGUUUGGUACUUUAUUAAAGUUUUAAUAUGAUGUAUUGUUAGACUUCAAGUUGAAUGGGAGAGUGAACGCUGAUACUGCACAGAUUUACUACACAUUUAAAAAUUACCUACCUUUAAAAUAAAUAGUUACUGAUUUACACAAAGAUAUUUUAGAAAAAACCAUGAUAGUUGUAGAGGACGAUAUCCAAACCAUAAUAGCCCUCCUCAUUGUCAGUAUAGUGGCACUUACAUUGCCUUACCUUUUAAGUUAUUAUUACUUCAUUGGGAUAGGCAAUUAGAUUAGUAGAUAUUACAAUAUCAUUUUGCAAUUGCCUUAAGGCAUGAGGGAAGUGCAAAUCAUCUAAUAUUAGCAAUUGACCUCCAAGAUUAACGAGGAUUAUGAAUAGAUUGUGAGGUAUAAGUAUAAGGAAUAAAGAUUUGGGAAUGAAAAAUCAAAGUAAAGCUAUCAAAGAGUCAAAGUUUAAAAUAGAUUAAAGUAUCGUGGACUACGCUGGAAGUUUGGAUAUUUAUUAUUGUAUAUUUUGAUUCUUUUGAAAUCUGGAAUCUCAUUCUAUUUGAAUAGAGAAUAUUUGUAAGGAUACAAAGAGGUGGCUAUCUUUUACAAGGCGCUAUCAGAUUUAAGCAUAGACAUCCCCUCAAUGUAUGCAGCCAGGGAAGUGUUGUAUUUCAGAACUUCAUUUCCCUAUUUGAACAACGAUACCAUCACAUAAUUGCUAUAGAUCAUUGAUUAGGGGUUGAAUAGAACCAAACUAUUUUUGGAGAAGCAGUUCAUUUAUGACAAAGUUAUACUGUCAGAUCAAUUUUAAGAGUACUAUGAUUCAUUAGCAAAGGGAGACUUGUGCAGUUUGUUGCCAGAAGAAUUAUAAUAAUAAACUAGUUCAUUUUGCCAAUUAUUAUUCAAUGGCAAUAUGAGAAAUGGGUUAUACUCGACUUUGACAAUAAUAACUAAUAGUUUAUAGUCCGAGUUGAAUUAUAAUCAAUUUAAGGUAAGGACUUCUGUCUAGUUUUAUGAUUUAGAGGGUCCAUAUAUAAUUUCUGGUAUUGUAAGUAGAUUAUAUUAAAAUAUGAGGGAUGACAUGCAUAUAGAAACUAAAUCACUUUUAAAAUUAAUGAAUGUAAGAAAAUCCAUCUGA